CCCUCAGUGGUUAGUACUAAUUUAUUACCUCUAUCCCAUUCCUGCAACCCUCGUUUAGAUCGCCCUCUGCUCCUCCCCAUUUUACAUUUUCCACGGCCACCUUGGCCGCCUUCGAAUCAAAAUGACUAGCUACGGCACCAUCCCCACCUCCUCCUCGCCGGCCGGAAAUCCAGUGAACCUCGAGUACAUCUCACGCGCCAAGGAGCGCAUUAAGGCUGGCCUAGGCACGCGCCGCCCCUGGCGUGAGAUGUUCAAUUUCCGCUGCUUCAACCUCCCGUCCACGUCCGGCGCCUUCUCUCGGAUCAAAACGAACUUAGCAUUCUUCCGAAUGAACUACGUAAUCAUUGUUCUCUUGAUUUUGUUCCUGAGUCUCCUCUGGCACCCGAUUUCGCUUAUCGUAUUCAUUGUAAUGAUGGCGAUAUGGCUUUUCCUCUACUUCCUCCGUGACGAACCACUGAUGAUAUUCGGCUGGCUAAUUACCGACUGUGUGGUACUUAUUGUUUUGUCGGUGGUUACGAUCGUUGUUCUGCUGCUGACUCACGCCACCACUAAUAUUUUGGUGUCGCUGUUGGUUGGAGUGGUAGUGGUUCUGAUUCACGCCGUCGUGAGGAAGACGGAUGAUUUGUAUGUCGAUGAGGAGGCUGCCGGCGGUUUGUUGACGUCUCCGCCCGGUGAUUCUUCUUCGUGAAAUUGAAACUGUUCUCCCUUUUUCUUUUUCUUUUUCUUUUUCUUUUUCUUUUUCUUUUUUCGUUCUUUUUUUGGGUUUUUCCACUUAAGCGUUGUUGAAUUAUUUUGUACUUUUUUCAGUAUUUGGUCUAAAAUGAUUGUUCGUCGUGGUUGACCUCGGUAUUUCUGUAAUUUGAUGUACGUGUGAGUAAUAAUUCAAUUAUCUUUACAUUGUUAGGGCA